GCGCCCAGCACCCCAGCCUGCAGGAGUUUCGUCAGGGGACACAGAGAUUCAGUUUCCCCAGAGCCCAGUUUUCUGAGACUGGCACCCGAGGGCUCAGAGAGAUCCGUUAUCUGCAAAUUCACCAAUGACCACCUUCCCCCCAGUUCCUAUGGCAAGUACAAGGCUUGCUGUCUUGGCCAGGCAGAAACUGCCGUGCUCUCCAGGAACAAUUCCAAGGGCUCGAUUGAUCAAAGAGAAAGACGACAUAGAUCAUUACCUGGAGCAGAAUUUCAAAGGCCUGUCGAAGGAAGAGGUUGCUGCCCACAGGAACUCAUACAAGAAGAGCAUCUGCGUGGACAUGCUGCGCAAUGGCUAUCAUAAGUCCUUCACUGAGCUCUUCGCCCUGAUGGAGCAGUGGGACGCGCUGCGGCACGCUGCUGAGGUGCGGUCCCUCUUCUGGAUGCAGAGGCCGCUGGAGGAGCAGCCGGACAAGCUGGACAAUUUAUACCACUACCUGACCAAAGCUGAGGCUGCGGAGAGGCAGGAAUACUACGAAGAAGUGUAUAACAACUUAUAUGCUCUGGCCUGUUACUUCGAUAAUUCUGAAGACAAGUGGGUGCGGAAUCACUUCUAUGAACGGUGCUUUAGUGUUGCUCAGCUGAUCAAAGUUGAUGGUGGGAAGAAAGAAGCAGAGGCACAGGCGCACAUGGGCCUUCUGUUCGAGGAAGAGGGUGAGCUGCUGGAAGCUGCCCAGCAUUAUGAAGCCUUCCAUGAAUUGACGCAGGGCCGGAUAUGGAAGGAUGAGACAGGCCACUAUCUCAACUUGCUCGCCUGUGAAAGUCUCGUGAGGACCUACAGAUUGCUCUCAGACAGAAUGUUGGAAAACAAAGAAUACAAACAGGCCAUCAAAAUUCUAAUAAAAGCUUCUGAAAUAGCCGAAGAAGGAAAUGACAGGAGCAUGGAAGGAGAAGCUGCUCUCUACCUAGGCUCAGCCUACUUGGCUGCUGGAGAAUAUGAAACUGCUCUCACAGUGCUGCGCAGGUACAGUGAGAUUGCUACAAGCAUGGAUGAUGAUCUGAACCUGGGGAGAGCCUACGAGGCGAUCGCCAAGGUCCUGCAGAGCCAAGGACAGAUGACAGAAGCAAUUAAAUACCUGGAAAAGGUUGUGAAAAUCGCAAGGAACAACUUCCAAAGCCUCGACGUGAUACGAGCAAGCACGAUGCUUGGUGACAUCUACAAUGAAAAAGGGCAGUACAGCAAGGCUUCAGAAUACUUCCAGCAAGCUUUCAGCACCACUGUGGAGCUCAUGAAAACAGCGCUGAUGGAUGAAACCAAAGUUCACUAUGGGAUAGCCAGAGCCCACCAGCUGAUGCUGACCAUGACGGGUUACAUAGAGUCUGCAGAUAUGGACAGCCUCAACUGCCUGCUGUCCUGGAAGGAAAGCAGAACACAAGUCAAAUACGACCCCGUUCUGGGAGAGUCUAGAAGAGCCACAGAGGAUAACAUAUAUCAAUACUCAGAUAAUCAGGAAGAAGUAAAAAGAUCUCCAGAUAAUCAAUAAAAUUAAUCUUAAGUGAUUCAACAUCAAGGCAAGAAGAAAUUGAGUACCUUAGACUUUGGCUUCAUCUGAGAGGCGCAUGUAAGGAGUGAUACAGAGUUAUAAAGGAGACUACAGUUGCUUUUAUUAAACUUUGUGCUGCAGUGACUAUGCAAGUUUAGGAAGAUGAAGAACAGCUCACCUGGUUAGAAAGGUCAAUAGUUCCUCAUAAAAUAAACUAAAAUGUAUCCUCUUACCUGCUACUACCCAAGAAGUCAUGGCAUCUAAGAACCAAAUUUUAAUUAUUCCUGAUUGUGAAUAUUUCCAAGUUAAAGAAACCAUUCAUGCUGAAUAAAUAUAUGAUAAUAUUUGCUAAAAUUCCAGGGAAAUUCCCCAGUGCACAAAGGGUCCUAACCAGUCCAAGAUGUGCUCGAACAGUGUGGCUAAGUGUGGCUCAGUUUGCUUGGUGUGUGGAAACUUGGAUUGAUGGCAGGUUUAGCUGAUAGGUCACGACCUAGUAUACACAUGUCCAUUUGAGACAGUAAGAGAAACCUUUGAUCUCAGGAACCUUUGCUGGCAUGCUUGUGACUGAAAGGAGGUACCUGAAACGGUUACCUUGGAAACAUAUG